AUGAAAGUGAAAGCUCUCCCUCAGUCCCUCCCUCGCUCAAGCGCCGCCGCCCACCCCUGCCCUUCUCCCUCUCUCGCUCUCGCUCGCUGCCGGCUGUGGGCUGCCUGUCUCUCGCUCUCACUCGCUCCAGCCUCCGUGCCUCUGCAGGCAGUGGGCACCCUUCAUACUCUAGAGACUAAGAGACUAGAGCUCUGCCCUGCGCACAGCCUCCUCUUAAGACCAGAUCAGACAUUCAAAGCCCACCAAUUUCUCUAUCAGAUUCUCACGUUCUCUGAUUCAAUCGUCACUUUGGUCGUGAAAAGAGGUCGGGGACGUGGGCGUGGUGGAUAUGGCCACGGUGGCGGUUUUGGUGCUGCGAAGCAGGAGCCCUUCGUACUUUUCCCGGUUAUUGAAAAUUUCCCCAGCACCAGGGACGUGACUGAAGAAACAGCCUUGGCUGUUUGGAGUUCAAAAUUGCAGAAGUUUUGGAAUUCCUCUCCUUAUUAUCUUAAGGAUGAAGGGCCAAAGAAAGAGGAAAGGAUAGAUAUAGAAAGGUUCUCUGACAGGGGGAAGCAAGGGAUUGAACGAAAGCAUAAACUUUCCGACUUUGUAAAGUGUAGUAUUGAAUACGUUCCUGCAGAACUAGCUCAAGAUUCAAAACCAGAGCGAUACGGUCGAAGGAAAGUGAGAUGGAAUCAAGAGUCAGACCUACAGAAAUUAGAUGUUUUUGAGAAGCUCGAAGAGAAGUAUCAGGGCCAAGGCGAGAAAGGUGGAAAGGAAAAGCAAGAAGGUGAAAAUGAGGAAGAAGAUGAUGACAGAAUUGAAGAGGAGGAUGAGGAAUUCAGUGACGAUGGUGAUUAUAAUCAGAAUAUUGAUUUUGAUGAUGAUGAGGAUGACUUUAACAUGGAUGAUGAUCGUGAUGGUGAUGAAGGCAUAUACUAGAAUUCUGCUUAUGAGAAUACUUCUGUUGUGGUCCUUGAGCUCAUUACAAGUUUCUGCAGAAUGGGGAGCAUUCAUUUGUUGAGAUCACAAAGUUCUCCUCAGAUAUGGCAAAUUUGAUCAAAGAUCACAAAAUCGAAUCUGGUAAUGGCUGCCUUUGAUGAUAUUUAGCUGAAAUGAUCUUGGGCAUUCUUCUGACAGAUAUAGUAGGCAAAGUCUGGUGGGAAAUCAUGCAACUUUGUUGUUUGUUCACAUUAUACAUAGUAUCUGGUAUAAGUAGGGACUCUAAAAAUGAUUGAUGGCAACUGUGACUAACUUGUAGUUUUCUGCUUAUUAUACGUAGUCUCUCUGGUAUAAGUGGGCUUGCCUCUCUUAUAUUUCCUUGUUCCUUUUGUGAUCUCGCUUUGUCUUUUUAAUUUUUUUUUCCCACAUGUAUCAUGAAAUCUUUUAUAUGCCAGAUUUCUGAUUGGGGUGAUAAUUGAAUA